UGUUACGAGUGUAGUAUUAUUCAACUGCAUCCCUGAUCCUUGGGGGCCCACGGGAACAUAACCGCCGUUACGUGGUGGACGAUUUUCGCUCUCUCUCUCUCUCUCGCUCUGAUUCUCAACCGAAGCAGAAUUCCCUCGUGCAGAAGAAGCCAACCACCGGAAAACAGAACCGACAGUAACAGCAGCAACGCGCCAAUUUCCUAACAGUUAUAGAUACCAGUGGAACCCGCCAGGAUCAGCUCAGUUUCCUACGAUCUCUCGUCCUGUACGGAACUAACACGGAAUCGAUGCACACACGAGUUUCGCGUUCGAGAACGGAAAAGAAAAGACGAGGACAGAGGGCUUCCGGAAUCGUUUGGCAGUGAGUUCCGUUUGAGUGUGGUGAAACAUAUCCGGAGAGCGGAACGCAACACGAAGCGCAGGAUAUUACCGAACAUACCGUCACAUGUGGCACUAAAUAGUGGCUUUGCGGAAGGCAUUCACCUGGAAUUAUCCAACAAUUAAACUCUGCUUCCGUUGACGGAUACAGUGAAGUGUGAUACAAAACUGUGCCUGCCAGCGGCGUCGAAUAUGAACUGAUUAGGUACAAACUAAUUGGGUUUUGUUCCUGGGUGAGAAGAUCCGUUUUGUGUGACCGUGUAUGACAAGAGACAGUGGAUUUGCUGAAUUGGAUUAAUAGUUUUGCUGGAGUGUCCGGAUUUGCUGAUGCUGUAGUGGAUCACAACGUUCCACUUGUCCCAAGGAUAGCUAAUCGGAUGGCCAACCUGGUUCACAACGGUUGAACGUAUCGCCGUACCCGUUUCGUAAGCUCCCGCGAAAUCCAAGCCCACAUUUCCAAAAAGCCACCAAAUCUACCCCGAAGACCGCUAAUCGACCGUAAUGUCGAAACGAACCAACGCGGCAAUUCUGGUCGUCCUGUUCGAAUUCAUCGCACUCAUCAGUGCUAAUGAUGAGCUCAGAAACAGGUCGACAAUUGCUCGUGCCUUGCAGUUUCCGGUGCUCCUUCAAGAUGAUCAGCUGCGGUGGUCAUCGAAUAUGAUCACCUCCCUGCAGACGGUCGGUGCCAUGAGUGCCAGCGUGAAUGACGAACUGCUCCCAGACAAAGACGAUGUCAGGCAGCCCCAUCUGCACGGGGACUCUCUCAAUACGGUUGUCAACGUCAGUGCCCUGUGGAGCAAAUACCUCUCCCAGUCUGGAUAUUGGGGUCCACCGAUCGAAGAUGCCAUGCGGGACCGAAUCCGUCCUUUCUGGUUGCAGUUCGAGCCCCCAACGGCCCAAGCUCACUUCAUCAUUGGGGCCGCCUUCUUCCUAAUGACCCUGAUAGGCCUGACCGGCAAUUUUCUGGUCAUCGUAAUGUUCUGCAAGUUCAAAUCGCUGCGGACACCUGCCAACUAUCUGGUCAUCAAUCUCGCCUUUGCUGACUUCCUGAUUAUGUUGGAGUGCCCGAUAUUCGUGUACAACAGCUACUACCAGGGGCCGGCUACCGGAAACCUGAUGUGCACGGUGUACGCCAUGUUAGGAGGCCUCGGAGGAUCCGGUGCCAUCCUAUCGCUAACGAUGAUUUCCAUCGAUCGCUACAAUGUGGUCGUCUAUCCGUUGAACCCGAACCGAUCAACCACCCGGCUAAAGGUGGUCUUUAUGAUUGCGUUUAUCUGGAUCUACGCAGUUACAUUCUCGUGUAUUCCGGCGCUAGAAAUUGGUCUGAGUCAGUACACUCCGGAGGGUUAUCUAACGGCUUGUAGCUUCGAUUACCUGGAUCGACGAUGGGAUGCCCGUGUUUUUAUGUUCUGUUACUUCCUUUUUGCCUGGGUCGUGCCCUUCCUGACCAUCUCAUACUGCUAUGUGGCGAUCCUGCGAGUAGUCAUCGGUUCAGGUAGCAUUCAAUCGAGUAAAAACAAGAACAAGACUGAGAUCAAACUGGCCAGUGUGGUUAUUGGAAUCAUCGGUCUGUGGUUUAUUGCGUGGACGCCGUACGCCGUGGUGGCCAUGAUGGGUGUGUUCGGUUACGAGAGCAUGUUGACUCCGGCGAUUUCGAUGAUUCCUGGUAUGUUCACGAAAAUAGCCUCUUGCAUCGAUCCGUACUUCUACGCAAUGAACCAUCCACGCUAUCGCCAGGAACUGCGCCGCAUGUUCGGAAAGAACCCGCAGAUGCCAACCUCACAGGCCUCCCGUUAUACGCGGGGCAACUCGGAGGCUGGCAACAGUGAACGGGUUGAGCUCGGACCGACAGCAGCCGACGAAACUUCGCUGUCCGUUUCGAUCGAUCUAGCGGAAAGCAGGAACAACUAGGGCCGGCGCUUUGCCCGGUAGCCCAUCCGGUUAACCAACAGGACGACGUCCGGGAACGAUGAAACUGUGUUGUAAGCGGGAACAGGAGAGGAAAGAAAUCAAACCACCAAGUGCCUUAUUGUGAGAAUAUCAUAGUGCUGUACAUACUUGAUGAUUGAAGAAUGAUUGGUAAACCUUUAAGGUCUGUCGAAAAAAAAAACAAAAUUUCUGUGUUAUGUCAUAUACAAAAGCUAGGUAAAGCUUACGAUUCUAUUUCACUUUGUUUUGACAUGGGCAGCUUUUGUUUCGGUAGACCAUAACUGACAUAUUCAAAACCAAAGUCACUGCUUGUUAUGUAUCUUACUUAAAACUCAUUCUCUUACCUUGAAUUUCUGUAAGAAUUUAACCUACCAAUUGUCGUAUUCCUUAAUAUCGUGGCGCGGUUCACUGGGUAACAAUGAUAAACCGUUCUUUAUCUCACGAAUCACACCGUCUAUCUAGAGAUGAUAUUGGAUGAGGUAAAUCUCUCAAAAAUACCUUUUUUGAUUAGCCAAUCCAUCAGCAUAUCUUUUAGAACUUCGAAGCAAAAGGAAACUCUUUGUGCCGGAAAGUACACAAGAAAUGAAAACAAUUGCUGAAUGGAAAAGCUUAUCCAGCUAUGUUUGCAGAGGUUUAACUUCUCACCCGUGGAAGGCUGCAAAGUCUCGUAUCACACGCGCGUGGUUACUCCUAGCAACGUCGCUGAUUCCAGCGCACCGGAAAACUAGAUGGUGCGGAAUCCGUCGUUAAUCCAGUUGCUCUCCCGUGUGUCCUGCUGCGGUCCAGUUGAUUGUCAGCUCCGUUCGUUUCACUGUUUGAAUGUAGAAUGAGUUUGAUUACCUCGAACUACUACUUUUAUAACUGGCUAGCGUAGUCUUUUCUAUUCUGGUUACCUCAGUAACCGUAGAAUAUGCAUCGCCUGCUACGUACGCAAGUUUUUCAGCUGAAUAAUGGAUGAAUGAAGAUAGUCUUGCAGAGACAUUUUUCUCCUUUUGAAAUAAUAAAUUUCUUUUCCUUGUUCAACAAAUAUAAUAAUAUAUUUUUCGAAUUCAAUUCAUUCAGUUUAUUACGAUCAUCGUUAUUAUCAUUAUUAUUAUUCAAUGCAACCCUACACCAUUGACCCGGGUUGGUGGUUCAAUGUAUAGGGCGAUGGUCUUACAAGCCAGUUGUCGUAUGUUCGAGCCCCGACCUGGAAGGAUUCUUAGUGUCAGUAGGAUCCAUAGAACUAGCCAUGCAAUGAUUCUGUACACUAAGAAUCGGCUGCAAAGUCUGUUGAAACAGAAAGGCCAAAUUCCACAAAAGGAAUGUAAUGCCAGGACUUUGCUUUGCUACACCAUUGUUCGGAAGCUGCCGAAUAUUAUCAUGGAUUAUACAAAAUGGUUUAAAUUUUCAAUUCCGUCUGCUCUUUUAAGGUGUAUAAAUUUCAAUUCAAUUUACCGGUAAAUUGCAAUAAAACUCUACGCGAAAAUUCGUGAUAUUAGCUCACGGUUCUUUUUGAAAUCGUUCCAUGUUAUAUAGUAUUCGCAAAUAGAACACACCUAUGUACUUGGAACGAAAUCAUAGACCAAUAUAUCGCUAGUAGUGGCGUUAUUGAAGUGUUGAGCAUGAAUUUUUCCUGUCCUAUAAGACAAUUUAUUUUGCACAGUAAAGGCCCCUAUUCACGUUCAGUUUUACGGACAGUUUUUCGUUAAGCUGUGCCGAAACGCGUCCCAAGUAGCCAACAUUGUUCUAAUACUGAAUUUAUCAACUCUUCUCGCAACGAUUAUGCGAUUGAAAAAGCGCACUUUUCUUGUAUGAUAUGCAACAAGUUUCUUGUUUCAUAUGUUUCACAACAGUAAGAUUUGCUAAGUGGAAACCGGAAUUGAAACUGCUAAAAUGAGCUUGUCGAACAGUCAGAUGAAAAAUCGAAUUUGGAACUUAAUCCAUUCAGGUUUUUGAGUUGGUUUCAGAAGCAGUAAUAUGAAUGAAUUUUACAUCCCUUACAAAAACGUGUUGAAUCAAUUGUCUAACAUAUCUAACAAAAAUAACCGAUUUUAAGCAAUUGUGAAAUAUGCCAAUUAUAACAAGUUUUAAUUGCUAUUUGAGGUUUGUACCCAAAUCAUAAAUUUGAGACGGAAUUCUUUACGAUUCCUCAAUGAAUUCCGAUUCAAGUGUCGGAAUCGAAAGAUUUCUAGUCGCAAUCGGUUGUUGAACUUCAGAAUCCAUUAGGAAAUCGUAAUAUAAUUCAUUCCAAAUUUCAGACGAUUUAAUUGGGUUAAUUUCCCCAUUUCGUGUAGCCAGAAAACAGCCCAUGGCAUUUCGAUUGAAACUACGAACAACUGUGAAAACAGUGCAGGGCAAACGCGUAAAAUCCAAAAUGGAAGUAUUCUAAGAAAAACUUACUGGAAUAAUGAAUAAUAAAAUGUAAACAAGGUUUCGUCGACUGUUGUCUCAGUUUAAUCACUAUACCGAUUAUGCCGGGUCUAAGAUCGCAGGACUGUUUAUCGCCGAAUACCGGAUAACUUUAAUGCAUAACUGACAGACUGAAGGUAGAGCAUCGGUUAGAUAGUUUGGGUGAAAUUAAGAAAACUGUUUUUUCUAUGCAGAAUUGUAAAGAAGCCAUCAUAACAACAGUUAGAAAAGAAUAAAGGAAUCAUUCGUGAAAUACUAAAAUUAGUUCACAGUUUGUGAUAGAUUGCAUGAAAUUCAUCCUCCAAGAGGAUAUUUAUGAACUCCUGUCAACUCCUCUGAAAGACGAACAGAAAAACUUACCUUUUUUCACUAAAAAACGAAUCAGAUGCACACAUGAAUAUAACUCCGAUUAAUCUAGAUCAGUGAAGCUUUUUAAAAAUAAUUGUUUGAGAACGGUUUAGAAAAAAUGAUGUAUUGACAAGCUUAUAUAGAUCUGUGGGAAGAUUUCUAAUAAAUCUAAUAUUUUCAAAAAUCUUCUAAAAUAAAAAGAUAUGUUUAGAACGGCAAUCCUUUCAUUCGAGGUAAGGAUAAGAAAGAAAAGAAAAGUUGGCAGUUUAUUGGAUGAUUCGAAGCACGGUUUGAAUAACUUAGCCCUGCAAAGUCACAAAACAACGUAACUAUAUCCAAAGCUAAUAAAAGUCAUUUUGAGUAACUCAAGUCAACGACAUAAGCGGAACAGUAGUUUCAAAAUUGUAUUUUUUUUUUCAUUUACCCCUUCAAUCAUUUUCAGUUUUUGGUGAAAAUUUUGUACUAGAACCGAUAAUGACAGGAAAGAUUUGAAUGUUGGUGGUUUCCAAAUUAAUUAUUUCAAUCUAUCAUAUUUUUGAAACCAUGAGAAUUGAAAGACGGUACUUUGGCUCCAUCCUAUCACAGAAAAACCAGUGACGCCGGCAUUGAUACUCUCUUUUGUUUCAAUGAGAGACAAAAAUUGCUUCGUCCCUCUUCAUUUGUUUUCGAUGUGAUCAUUUACAAAUGAGACAGUAAAAAGGCAAGUGGGUAGUGUCACAGACAGACCUGGAGGAGGGAGUGAAUACGCAAACUAUUUAUUUUGUAUUAUUUAAUUGUUUGAUAGAAUAUGUUUGUCGUCAAUAAGAACUACCGUUACAAUUCUGGAAGCGAAGCAAUAGAAGUUGCAAAAUUCACACAAUCUUCUAAUACGAACGAUUAUCUAUAGUCGGAAGUGUGAAAUACGCAUGUCAGUUUUAUUCGUAUUCAUAUUCCUAUAUUUCCUCAUGUUAUGUUUGUGACAUUUUCCACCCGAUUUUUAUUUUGUCCUUUGGGAAUAUUGAAAUGGUUCUAAAUAAACCGUUUUAUGGAAUUUUACAAUAGUUGAAUCUUUUUUGCCAUCAUUUAGUUCAAUUUCUGAAUCCUGAGACUGUUGGAUUCUAGAACUAAUUUCGAAAUCUAGCACAGGUUUAGAAUUCAGUUGCUAAAAUCAGGAAUCCGGACUCCAGACCAAAAAAUCAGGUCAUAGACUUGAAAUCUCUUUACUUGAAUGCCGAACCUUAAUAAAAGAACUGAAUCCAGAAUCUAACUUCAGAAUCCAUGUUUCGAAUUUGGGUCCACCAUACAGGUUAUGAUUUCUGGAGAUGAAUUCUGAAACCUAAUUCAGAAAUUACUUUACUGGUUAAGAAACCAAUUCUAAAAUUCUGAUUCGGAGUUCAUAUAUUUGAAUUUGUUCAUGAAGUUGAAAUCCUAAAUCAAAAUUGUGGAUUCGAAUUCCGAACAUAAAUUAGGUAACUUUAAUCGAUUUCAAAAUAUAGUAAAAAAACAGUUUAAAAGUCAUAGUUUAUUAUUCAGAACCUGUUAAUCUGGGACUCAAUUCUGAAGCUGAGUUUAAGUUUAAGAAUCAGGUGGACCAAGGCCCAAGCUCUGCAUUCAGUUCUAGAAUUUAAUCAAAAAUCCAGUUCCAGUUGAGUUUGAGAAAACUUAGUUUAUGAGUUAUUUAUGGUAAUCUCGCACUAUUUAAAUUUUAAUCACUAAUUGACGAUCAUAUUUCUGCAGGUAUGUAACAAGAAUUAUGUUGCUACGUUUAGCACUAAUCGAGAUAUUUACGACUAAGGUCUACUCAUUCUUUCACACGGUGAAUUUUGACGGCGCCCCAUUAGGUUUUGCACGAACAUGACAUAACCUCACAAAAAUGAACAGAAUGAACUUUUUUUGACAGUCGACGUGUACUUGUUUACAGUUUAAAAAUUCAUCAGAAGUUCAUCGGUCGAAUGUAAAAAUUGCAAGUCGCCUCACACUCAACAGGUUCAUACAUAUAUCGCUCCUAGAUGCUGGAAACACAUACAGGGCAAUCUUUUUAGUUAUUUUCACUGUGGAAUACGUUUUCAACAGACACUUUUUCGUCAUUUUUUCAAUUUUUAACUUGCAGUCGCAAAACAAAACAAGUACACGGCAACUGUCAAAGAUGAACUUGAUUCAUCGGCAAUUCAUUUAUGUCGUCAUCGUGCAAAACCUAAUAGCAAAGUAAGACGUAUUCACGUCAAAAAUGAACCUGAGGCUAUUGGCACAUUGCCGCAAAGCUGAUUUACCGGUAACGACACCUGCCAGUGAAAAAUGGAACCAAGAAAAGGAGGAUUCUUUCGGAAAUUUUCAUAUCGGCAGUAGUGAUUUGCAACAUUUUUAUCGUUUAUUCAAGAGUACAAAUAGAUAUCAGCAAUAAAAGUACACAGAAAAUCGAUUUCAAAGUGAUUACUACUACUUUUUCUAGUGUAAACUACGAUUAAACAUGGAAAAUCUUCAGAAAUGUGUGAAAUUGGGUAAGGUUAGGUUUUUUUCGGAUCAACAUUUUUUUAAACAGAAACCAGUGUAAUGUUGAUUUCUCGAGUACUAGAAUGUAUAGCGAUCGAGUACUAUUUAUUGUGGAUACUUUAUCUGUCAUUCCCAGGCAUUUGAAAAAUGCUAUCAAACCAAGUUUAAUGCUCUAUUCUGAAUAACCGGUAGAUUUCGCACAAUGAACUAAGAUCAACAUUACCACCUCAGAGUAAAAACUUUUUCUUCAACUUCUACUAUGAUUUUUCGAAUUAAUUUGGCCGUUUUCAUAAGAAAUCGUUGAAAAGGGGGAGUAAUUAAAAAUUUUCCUUCCGAUUAGACAGCUCUUGCCGAAAGUAUCAUCUCUAAACAAGCAGCACCUCUACAUUUCAGUAUUGCGACAAUAUGUUUCCUUACUUUGUUGUUUCGAUGAUAGAGGUUUUAACCUUAACGUCAUUCGCUUCUUGAGAACCACUGCUCUAGAUUCUGAAUUAUUGUAGAGAAUGAAACACGUGAUGUUGUCAUCGGUUGACGAAAAAACUCUUGCUUGAAAAAUACAAGCUGUCAUAGCAGGCGUUGAAUCAUUCUACAGUACACUCCAGAAAAUAUUAUGGCAAAAGUUACUACAUGGAAGGUCAAUUUCACCAUGCGAAUGUAAUGGUUUUCAACAAACAACUGAUUCAGAUUAUUUCAACAAGUUUAUUUUUACUAUAAAUAGUUUUGACUCUAGAAUGAGAAUGAAUAAAACAUGACUGCAUCAUUUUUUUUACAUUGUGCUUUCUGUUAUUUUCGACAUUUUACUUCUAGUUAGCGUUCUGGUAGUAAAAUUCUAACAAUAAUAUAAACUUUCAUAAUCAGCAAAAGUUCUUUACUAAUUUGCAAAGUUUCAUGAAAUUAGAGAAAGAAAAUAUUUUGCGAACAUGUUAGUUAAUACAUGAACUAUGAAAUAAAAACUGUUGUUGCAAAAUAGUCACCUUGCACUAAAAUGUGGUGAAAAGGAAGUGGUUUUGGUGUUCACAUCCGAAAUUUUUAUUAUUAUAAAUUUUUACUCAUGUGCUUUUAUUUAAACUGAUAUCAAAAUAUCACCAAAAAUUUUUCUUGUACCAACUUCAGGAAAUCAUACGACAUUCAACAGCACACUGGACAUACAGGUCUCCGACGGUAUUUUAAACAGGUUUAAGGUAAAUGCCGUUUCAUGACUUUAAACAGCAGUUUAAAAACAUGCACUGAAAUAAGCAAAUCCUUCCGUGACGAUGCUGAUCGAAAUAUUCGCCCUUAUUCUGAAUAACGUCGUAUCGUUUUUUCCCUCGUAUUUCAUUUGUAUUCCCAAUAACGCUAGCAAAAUCAAAGGUAGCUAUGAUUCGAUCGAACCACAUUCGAUCGAAAAAUCAAUACGUCGUUAUUCAGAAUAAGGGCGAUUGAUUAUAAGUAUGGCUUGCAAGACUAUUAACUAUUAUUGUUUAUUUCUUGUUAUAACUGUUUCAUUUUAACGACUAAGUAUAGUAGUCAAUUUUUUUUUCUUUUUAUGCGAUAUUCACCUAACCAGAGACCAUUUUUGUAGAAACAGAAAAUGAAAAUUAUAGAAUGAUAGUACUCAAGGGAUAGCAAGGAUGUAAAUAUAUAGAACGGAAUAGGUCACGUCUCUCCUUUUCCGUUCUACAUAUUCACAUCCUUGCUCUCCCUUGAGUACUAUCAUUCUAUAAUUUACAUUUCCUGUUUCUACAAAAAUGGUCUCUGGUUAGGUGAAUAUAGCAUAAACAGAAAAAAGAAAUUUUGUUAUAACCUUUUACCUUGUACACCGAAUUCGUCCAAAUUUUCAUUGCACGCGCAUUGUAUUUAUGCGUUGUUUGAUCCUAGCUAUUUAAACUGUUUAUAGAUCCGAAUGUGAUCAAAAGAAGCCCUAGUUUCUAGUCGUUUAUACUAAAACUUGUAAUGGAACAAGAAAAUUAUAAAACCAGCUGACGCUAAAUAUUUGCAGAUAUUUUAUUUCACAAAGAAUUAUUUUUGACAUUUUCCUUGUAUCACCAUCCCAAACACAAUCUAACAACAACAACAAACGUUUUUUAUUUCACUCGUUGACAAAUGGUGGUGACAUUUGAAAGAAUUAUUAGCACUAUUCCAUAUUUUAAGUCCGGAACGGCAAUAUAAUGCUUGUUUGUACAAUUUUAGUGAUUUGUAUUCAUGGAAAUCAUCGGUCCAAUGACCUAAAUGAGAUCUUCGGCAGUGUUUCUGUGAAAGACGAAACAGUUGUAUGCACAGUUGGGUGCCAAUAUUUUUGGGUCAUCUCUAAUUUCGUAAAGCGGUAAGGCUCAAAAGCUUAAGCAUCUUAACAAAAUUCCUAUGCAAAAUUUUAACGAAAUCGGGUAUGGAAAAGCGUUUGCAUCUAUUUCCAUGCACAUAUCUGGAGCAGGCAAUUAAACAUGAAGUUACUUUACAAUGCUGCACGUUUCAAUAUAAUUUAAUCGCGAAACCAAGCGUUGAUUGAAAGAUACAGCUCUAUUCAUUGAAAAUCCAAUGCAAUCCAAUUUUGUUUUGCAUCGAUGAUGGUUUUCAAUCAAAUUUUCGAUUUAGUCCUUGUCUAUUCUAUGUGAAGAAAGCUGUUCUAUGUUACUGUUGAUUUACAUGUCAUGUGAAUUUCAUUAUUUAUUACUGGGUAUGUAAAAUCAAUCAACUGACGCAAUGCUCCUAAUGAUUAUUCCGAAUCCGAAACAUCAUAAUCAAAUCAAACAGUUCAACAAUUCUCGUCGAGUAUCAGGAAUCAGAACAAAUUGGCUCAAAUGGCACGUUCCCCUUGACCGGAGUCCGGUCCAAUACCGACAAAAAGUACUUCAAAUAAUCGUCAAAUUCCUGGAAUAACUUCUAUGAUCGAGUUUUCCACGAAUUUCUCGCACAACGUUUUCAAAGCAUGGUGAGUAAAAUUUGCUGUCAAUUUAGAAACAGAGUAGAAGUUUCUCAGUUUUCUAAAUCAAUAUUACUCACUUUAUGGCAUUUGAAAUAAAUAAGCAGAAGUUAGUAUAGUGUGCUUUGUAUCUGAUUCUGCGUUGAUCAUUCUACCGUAGAUGCAAAUAAUUGAAGCUGAAAGAGAUCCAAAUUCGUUUCUAUUAAAUGUUUUUCUUCUUUGGUAAUUUGGGAAGCAGUUUGAAUUUAUCUGAAGAUUUAUUAGAUAAUAUUAUUAAAAAAACGAGUAUUAUCAGAAUCAGAUAAACAAUAUAAGCUCGGCAGAAACAAAAUUAAACAAACGUAUCUCAAACAAAUUGCUCUGAUAUUGAAUUCAAAUAUCCUACCCGUUGAACGAUCAAAAAGUUUGACAUUUUUGUUUGUUAUAAUAUCCGGCUACAAAUUAAUAAAAAACUAUCAUGAAUUAUGCAUUUAGAACUAGACUGUUCCUGAACAUACUCUAAGAGCGUGUUGUUAACUGUAGAAAUUUAGAAUUUUAUACGGGAGAAGGAUAAUAGAACUGAAUAUGGAAGAAUUCAACCAAUUUUUCUGCGAUCACUGUGCAGCUCAAGUGGCGAGAUUAGGAAAAAUACGAUUUUUUUUCUCAGGAAUCGAAACAUGUGAAAAUUUGUUAAAAAAAAUUGAUCAUCAAUGAUUCUGUAACUUUCCGUGGUAUGUUUGAUUGAUAUGUAUGGAGAAAUCGUAAGAUCGUUGAAUAUUAAACUCGAGGAAGUGAGGUUGGGUUCUGUUUUCAUAUCUGAUUUUAUCAUAUCAUUCAUAUCUGAUUUUAUCAUAAUCUAAUUGAAACGAACGAAUUUGAUUAGAUAAAUUUUGGUUUUAGUUAGAAUUUCAAAAGGUCUUCGAUUUCAUUUUCCACAAUUUAAAACAUAAUCGGUUUGUUACUCCAUUUUUUAAUUUACGUUGUUCGGUUUUUUGAUUCACAAUCGGAAAUCUUGAUUCACAUUUUCGUGCGCAAAAUGGGCUUAUUUCCACCUCUGAUUUAGAGAUUAAUUGAUAACUUAUGAGUAUAAUACUUGGAAUGUGUCCAAAGAACCACGCUGAUUGUAUUCUUUAAUGCCGACAGAGAACUCACGUUGAAAUUUGUACUUUUUACUAACUUAAACAAAAAAAAUUAAACGUAGAUUUCCUCCUUUAAUUGUUUCUAUCAAUUUUGCAUAUAACUAACAAAAUCCCAUAAGCGAAACCUGCUCUACGAGUGAAUACCUAAUAUGAGCCACUUCUGACUCAGACUAACCAUUAGUUCUGAAUAAGAAAAACUUUUUUCAGUUCGCACAUAAAUUCCGGAAAAAUACUUUCAUUGCUUUAAUGACCUGCUUUUUUAUGCAUUAUAAACACUCUCCUAAACAAGCUACGAAUGAGAAGAGAAGUAAUUCAUUUCGUGAAAAACUUGUCCAUGGUAGUGGAUGGCAUUGCACCAGAAAUUGAUAAUCCGAACGAAUCUACCAGCAACAAGGAUCGGUAGCGGAAUGCAUCGACGUGCAAUUUUAGAUCCGGUCAGCGAGAUGUUAUUUCAAAAACUUUUUCCUCUUUUGCUCGGAGAAUCAUCCUGCCACAGUUAUGGUGGGAAAAGCGAAGAAAAGAUAGAUUAUGAUGGUCGAUGUUUUCAGAUCCUGGGAAUAGAAACUGUGCAAAUUUAUGCAAUGUUUUUUACUAUGUUUGUAAUAAACGAGCAUCAAACAUUGAUUGCGAGCAUUGAACGGUCACAAUUUUACAUGAAACGUUUACAUUGCAUCUUUCCCCUGAAGAUGCAAUUCCAAUUUCAAUAUACUUCCAUCGUUCGAAACGAUAAAGUUCAAAAGAAUUUGAAGUCUAUUGAUCAGGGAAAUUCCAUUGUUGGGACUUGCUCAGCGUCAGAGGGUUUGACGUAAACACCUCGUCAGUUGAUAAAGAAUUAUUCGUGUCAGAGAUCAAAAAGCUGAAAACAGUCAAGUUCAAUUCAGAGCGUCGAAAACUAGUUAAAGAAAAGGUGUUUAGUGAGAACAGGCAGUGACGAAAAAUAAAGAAAACGAAUUUGUUCGGAAACCAUGGUCAAACCAUCAGCUGUCCAAUUCCAAUUCAUUUCAUGUAGCCACUUCGACUAAUGGAACUUGUAAUACUUUGAAACUGAUGGUUCCCAACAGACCAGAUGAAAAGAAAAGAAUAGAAACUGAAACAUCUUCUGAUAAGGGUGUACCAUAAAAUAGUAACGUUUGGUGAGCAUAGAAGUUUAACAUCGUGUUAUUAAUAGCAAAAAUGUACAAGCACCACAAGUUUUUACAAACAAAAAAUGAGAUUAAAAAUUUACUGUCAAAAUAUUGGACACCCGAAUCAAGACUUUUGUUCUUCUCUGUGCCAAACGAGAACGAAGAGAUGUUUCAUUUCCAUUUGCAAUCGUUACAUUACAGCUACAGCACAAAUUACACAACUGAAUAGGUUUCCUCCUACUGGAACGGAUCGUCUCCGUUGUGUUCCGGACAGCAGUUCAUUCGAUCCUUUUUCUCUAUUGUAUUAGCAACAACAACAAAAAAACAUAUCUGAAUUUUAUUUCUAUCAAUGAAAGCUUCCCAGAAGCAAUAAAUAAUUUGAAAGAAAAUAGUUGUACCGAAACAUUCUAGGAAUGAAAUUAUUUUACACACAUUAAUGUUUAGAAGCACUUGUGAAGAUAGACCACGCCUUCGUUCAGAAUGAUGAGAAACUAAAUUGUUGUUCGAUAAAAUAAACGUUAUCUUAGGUUUAAUCAUUAAUUAUUGUUUUUGAAAUGAACUUAUUUCCGGCCUAACCAGCAAACUGGUUUCAACCACGUUAGGCAAUAAAUGUACUCGUGCAGCUCAUUGCUACGGCAUAAAACAAAAAUAUGAAUAACAUUAUUUUGAAAGUACCAUAAACAUUACACCGUAGUAGAAAAAAAUACGAAUAAUAUCUUUGAAACACUGUAAACACAAUGAACGGAUCGCCGCGCGAACCAAAUUGAUAUAAUUGACUAUAUUCACUGUCAAGUCAAUGCCAGAAUCGUCUAUUUAUCGCUGUUAAGUUUUAAGAUAUUAUGAGACCAUGCCAAAGUAGCAGUUACCGACUGUUACCAUUAGCAAGUAAGUGAAUUAAUCUCCAUACUCUGCACUCUCUAGUCGAAAUGGUAAAGCGUAAAAAAAUUCAAAACGUCGAUAAGUAAAUCACACGAUUAAUCUAUCGCUGUUUCCCUGCGUGCUUGCAGGUGCGCGUGAAGCGUCAUAAAGCAUAGGUUGGUGAAAGAAAGCUUUGCUUUAUUCACCACAGUCACCACGUCAAGCGGCAGCGAAAGCGAAGACAUGAACCAUUAGUGGUAAUGUUUCAAGAUAUAAUUUGAAAAUAUGCGUUCACUAUUCCAUUACUGUUACUUUUCAAUUAAAUUACAAUGGAUUCCAGCUUUGAGCAAUAUUCUCUCAAUAGAAAAAAAACACCCUUCCCCGGUUACGAAAAUUUUCCUAUUGACAGAAUAUAUCAAGGUUGGUUUCAGUCUUGUCGUUAGAAUCAAAUAUCCUGUAAAAUCACUUCAAAUUCCAUUUUCCAGUUUUAAUAUUUUGUUAGUAUUUAAACACACCUACACAAGAGAUAAUACAUUAAUAAAUCAAUUAACGAGCUUAAUCGACAUCCUUGUAACACGGAAAGAGGCAGAAAAACAUUGUGUAAAAAGGAAACAAUCAUGCAAAAGGUGAUGACAUUUCGAAGUGAUAUGACAGUAAAGUGAGACCAUGAAAACUGUACAAAGUGAAAGCAGGAAAGAAACAGUAGUGCGGAGCAAUCAAUUUGAGAAGCCUGUUCCGUAGGUGUCGAAUGGUUCUGAGUGGACAAAUAUAACGAUUCAUAGUGACGUUUUUGCGUUCGACUUUUCGGCCCCGCUCUCAGUCGGGAGCUUUCUCAGGGACUUUCGUAGUAUUUUUCUAACCGGAACUGCUCUGAACCCAUGCGGAACUGGCACAACCCAAAUUGAGGCAACCAGAAACGAAAAAAAAGUAGUAAUAAAGAUAGGAAAACGCUAAGUGAUUGUUAAAGUCAUCGAAUUUAAGUAUAUUUAGAACAAGCAAAAGAUCAAAGUCGUAAUGAAACUAUACCCAAACACAAAACUGUCAUCCAUUAGUGUUAGAUAGGUGUUUAAGUGGAUUAUUCUUGAAAAAUAAAACAAGUAUAUUUUCGGAAGGUUAAAAUCGUGGAAGCAUA